GGGAGAACCAUUAGACCCCGGGUUAGUAAUUAGUUGGACAUCGCAUUACUACUACAUGCUUCAGUGGAUAGCUCCGAUUUCAGCAAUAGUGCACACCACAACCGAGGAGAGCAGUGAAAAGAAAGCGAGUGUCAGAUACGAUUCCCCGAAGCAGGGAGGGCGAUCGUCUCCGAAAAAAAAGUCAAAUAUAAGACUAGAAAGCCAAUGGGGAGACCAAGAAGGUCCUACAGCAAAGGGGAGCGAGCCAGAAGGCUGAAAUGGAGAGGAUUGCAUUUCCCGUUCGUGGAAAGGAUGUAUGGAUGGAAGCACCUGCCAUUAAGGAUGGUGUUGACUUAUGAGCAAGCUGCAUUAGCAGGGUUUAUCAACUGUGUAAAGAACAUUAAAGUCAAGGGGAAGCUUCAAGAGAUGCUGAAUAUUGAAACUGAUCGCAUCGUGUGUAGUAGGGAUCGCUGUGAGAUGAAAAGGCCAGUUUCUCCCAUACAGGAGCCAGAUAAAAGAGAUGACACUGAAUCAGACAUAGAAGACAGAGAUGACAUUAAAAUAGUGGACAACUGCUGCUUCAUUCAGAAAAUGAAACCACAAAAGAAAAAUAGACGUGCUGUAAGAAAAGUCAUUACAAAACAGAACAAAAUAAAACAAAAUAAACAUAGCAAAACUAAGAAAUCCACACACCGUUUAUCAAGCACAGCAACGAGGACUCUUGUUGAUGUUGCACCAAUCGCCACUGACUUGCCCGAGGAAACUGCACUGGAAAGUGGCACUGGUGAUGGAGAAGCUGGAAUAGACCUUGUUGUCGAUCCUGAGCUCAAUGAAACGGUCUGUAGUGAUGGAGCGUUGGAAGGUUCACUUCACCCAACUGACAUUGAAAUGACCGUGAACGUGGAGGAGUCUAAAAUCUGGAAAACAAGAAGUCAGAAAAAGAAACAGGCAAGAAAUAUUAGUCAAGACGGCCCUGAUGUAGAUGUAGGAGUUGGAAACUUGAUAGGCCCUCCCAGCUCUCUCAAUCACUCUACAGUUCCUGAAGAUAUGGGAGAUGCCACAAUGAAAUAUCAAACUCAAAAAGCAGCCAGAACACCUAGUGAAAAGAAGAGAAUGAUAAUGGUUCAGAACGACACAGAUACCAAUAGUCUGUCCCUGACGAACAAAAUUAAGAAAACUAAACAUGACAAAAAGAAGAAUCGCAAAGACAGUUUAACAAGCACGGCAGAGGGGACUCCUGUUGGCGGUUCGGUGGUUUUCAUUGGCUUCCCGGCCCCUGUGGAAAAUGCACUGGAGAGUAGCACUGGUGAUGGAGAAGCUGGGAUAGAGCUUAGUGGUGAUCCUGUUACACGUGCAGACUUGGAAACCAAUGAGCCAAUCUGCAGUGAUCUUCAACCAGCAGACAGCGAAUCGAAGAACCUAAAGAGCAUGAACGUAGACGCAUCUGAAACCUGUAAUACGAAAGACCGCUUGAGGAUAAAGAAGAAAAUGGAGAAACGGGCUAGAAAGAGCAGUCAAGAUAGCACAUAUGAAGAUGUAGUUGGGAACCUGGUAGAACGCUCCAGCUCUCCAAAUCUGGCUACGGUUCCUGAAGAUAUGGGAGGUGCCAGUGCCACGAUGGAAUAUGAAACGAAUGAGGGGCCUCAGCUCAACGAAGAACCCUGCAGUGACAUCAUCCUGGAAGGCUCUCAUGUAGUAGAUGAUCAGGUGGAGAACCCAAAUAACAUGAGCGCAGGGGCGUCUCGUAUCUGUAAAACCAGAAAUGGUCAAAAACAGACGAAGAAGAAUCGGGGAAGGAACAUUAGCCAAGUUGGCACUAGUGUAGGAGUUGGGAGCUUGGUAGAUCCCUCCUCCAGCUCCCCAAGCCUAUCUACAGAACCUGAAAAUAGCAAUGAUGUCUGUGCUGCCCUGCAGCAUCAAAUAGAAGCAGCUGAAACAUUUAGUGUGAAGAAAGAUAAAAAAACAAGAAAGAAAAAGGGAAAACGUGACAUGGAGGAAAUGGAAGGAACGAACUCAACGACGUCCCUUAACCUUUGUACAGAAGAGAUACAUGACGGCAUAACUGAUAAUUCAGAGAUUGGAAACCUUCAUGAAAAUAGGCAUACGCAUUGUGAAAGUGGUGCAGAUCAAACUGGUGGUGGAUUAGAAAGAGAUGAUUCUAACAUAGAGAUGGGAAGAGGGAAAGGGAACAGCACAGAUCAUAAUUUGCCUCCAGUUAAAAGAAAGAAGAACGUGGAACAGCAGAGUGUAUCUGAUGGCAUGGAAAGCCAGGAAACGGAUUUAGAGACUAAGGAUGCUCCAAGGGAAUGCGAGAACCUGAAUAGAAGUAUUGUUACUACAGAUGAGAGCACACUGUUGAAGAACUUGGAACCAGGAGAAUUUACACACACAAAGAAAAAAAGCCACAAAAAGAAUAAAAGUAAAAAGCAGAGGGUGGGGUAUGAUAUAGAAAUGCAGGGGCCACAUUUAUCUCCUCCGAACACUUGCGAUCUUCUAGUUGAUGGAGGAAAUGAGUACAUGGCCAGUAAGAAAGAUAUUAAAGAUACAGAUAUUGCUGAAUUAAGAGAGUUGAGAACAAAGAAGAAACAGAGUAAAAGAAAACGUGCAAAUGAAGAAAUGGAAGCUCAAGGUAUCCUGUCACCUAUUUUUGCACCCAUUUGCGAACUGUACGUUAAUGGGAGGUGGGAGACCAUUGACUUGAAAGAAGAUAUUUUAGCAGAGAGUGAUACUGCUGAACUAGGAGAAUCAAGAAUCGUGGAGAGAAAACAAUGUGUAACGGAUGGAAUGGAAGCACAGGGGAUGCGUUCAUCUCUAACUGCAUGCAUAUCCUCCCUUGAUGCAGGUAUUUCACAGGACGGCAUAUUGUUAAAUGGUGAUGGACAAGAAAAACCAACAAAGAAGAAAAAAAGGCAAAAAGAAGAACCAGAAUGAUAGACAGGAAAUGCAGGGACUUCGUCCUACAUCUGUUGGUGAAUUGCUAGCUGGAGAAGUGACAACAGCUGAAAUCCAAAAACAUUUUGGGACAUCUGGGGGAAAUGAGAGUGUUAGACCAGAAGCCUUAGUGGAUUUAUCUAGUGAAUCAAACUCUGCAGGUGAUUUGCUGCAGGGAGUGAAAAAAAACAGGGCAAGAAAGAGAAGCUUUCUGAACAAACUUCUGGAAGAAAGGGAGAAAAAAUGUCCUCUAGUGGUAAAAAAACAAAGUGCCAAAUAAACUUCUACGAAGCAGUGGAGGAUAAUGGAAAGCCAGCUAAAAACACCUUGUUGAGUAUGACCUCUAUAGAAAAGGGUAAAGGAAAAUCUGCAAAUGCAGAUUCCAGAAAGUGCAAAAGAAAACUGUUUAAUAGCGCCUUAUAUGAAAUGUUUGACUCUACAAAGACAGACUGAUGGGUCAAGUCAGGGCUAGCAGUGGGAGGAGGACCCAUAUCAAGGCAUUUUUUUUUUUUUUUUUUUUUAAAUUCUAGUAUUGUUUGUAAAUCAUCAUUUUUUUUUUUUUUUACUCUGAUGAUUAUUUUUUGUUCAUUCUGCGGGGGUACCCUACAUACUAGUUAUUUUAAAAAUAACUUGAGUUUUUGUUUCCCAAUAUGUAAAGCUACUUUUAAUUUUAUAGUUCGUUGUUAUGUGGAAAACAGAUGCAAGUUGGAGGUCAUUUUUUUAAAUUUUAUUACUUUGUAAUGCAAUGGUGGAAAUAAAUUGCAUCAGUGAAAAUUGAAGUGAGCCUUUAGAAAUUAAAAGUUGUAUAUGUGUGUACAGAAAAACUUGUAAAUGUUCUUUAUAGCGUUUGGUGUUCAAGUAUUAAAAUUCAUGUUUUCAGAUCUGUAUUGUUUUUUGUUCUAUGGCUAUGAAUUAGAUGAGUAAACUGUGAAGACCCAGGUGAAUGCUUUUUUUUACUUCAGAAGCAAGGCAGUUUGAAGUGCGGCACUGCUCUUAAUGAAACCCCCCACUUAAUGAUCCAGGACACCUGGCUACAAAAUUCAAAAAAUGACUUGUGAAUAAAAAGAAAUGUGCAGUAGUACAUAUGUUGAGCAGUGCAAAUGGUAUACAAGUCAGGAGGUUUUAAUGAAUGCAUUAUCAUAUCAUUUUUUUU